CACAUACCUUGGGGUCACACUGCAUUCCACCGCCUUGCUGCACGUGUGCCAUCCGUAAAUAAUAUUUUUUAUUAUUGUUUGACUUAACAAAAUGAACCAGGCGGAGAUUAUUAAACGUCUCCGAGAGGAGUACGAUAUCGAGAAUGGCCUGAAGGAACCCAAGAAGGAGGACCUGCUGACAAUCACUAAAAAGAUCCACCAGCGUGUUAUAGACUUGCUAACCAUCCACAAAGUUCCUUACUCCAAUGCCGAUGAUGAGGACACCUACGAGGAUUAUCUGUUUUCGGACGACGAUGAAUCGGGCACCAAGAAGAGUAAAAAACAGAAGAAACUCGGAAAAGUAAAAAAUCAGGACUCCGACGACGAGGAUGUGGACGCUCGAAUCGCAUCCAUCAAGAACAAGCUGCGCCAGAAGAAGGGUCCCACCACAGAGCGCCAGCAGAAGCGACGUGAGUCCAAAAAGUUGAAGCGUAGCAAGGGCGUCCAGAAACUGCUCCUCUCCUCCGCCAAAAACCUUAAAAAUGAGGCUGUCAAGCACCAGAAGCUAAAGAACGGAGUAGUCAAAACAGAACAGGAUCCAGAGGACAGCAAAGAACAGAUACAACCCGUCAAGGUGAAGCCGGUUUAUAACCAGGAGGCCAAGAUCGUCUACUCCAAGGUGGACUUUGCCGCCAAUCCGGGCACCAAGGCUAAGAAGUCGCACCAGAACCCCAAGGAAAUCCUGAAGAAGUUACGCGACACCAAGAAGCACCUAACUGAACUGCGCGAACAGGGUGAAACAGACAAGGCAGCCGAGAUGCAAACGGAUAUCGCUUGGCGUAAGGCUUUCGACAAGGUUGAGGGCAAGAAGGUCAAAGAUGACACCAAGCUCCUACAAAAGUCCAUUAAGAAACGUCGUGUGGAGAAGAAGAAAUCGAAGACCAAGUGGACGGAACGCAAGCAGAAGGUGGAAUACGAUAAGGAAAAGCGACAAAAGAAGCGACAGGAGAAUCUGGAUAAGCGUAGCAAGGACAAAAAAAAUAGAAAACUGAAGACAGCCAGCAAGAAGGGUCGCAUCAUACCUGGUUUCUAAUUACGAUUUAGCGUUAAGUUUAAAAUAAUGUAAAUGUAUGCCGCGUUGAAAUUCAACUCAGAAUGCUAGAAAAAAACAAAUAUUCGUUUGAAAA